GAGUCGGUGCUGGUGCUGCGGGGUCUAGGGAUUCAGACGCGGAGUUCCAGGGGGUCUUUUUGGGCCGGGUUUUUUGGUUCUGACUACUACUACUACCAAUCCCGGUGGUGGGCAUGGGGUGGAUGGGGAUGGGGACAUCAGACGCGGUUUAUACCGACCGAAAAGAUACGCGACGUGCUCAUCAACGAGGCCUUUCGCGGGUUUGAGGUGCGAUACUACCUUGUUGUGCUGGUCGAGGGCGAGGAGGACGUGGUGGUGCUCUUUCCGCGGCUGCUGCCUAGGCGGAAGAUUGUUGAGGCGGUUUGGAGAGGGGUCAGGGGCUGUUUGUUUGAG